GUGGUUUGUUCCGUGACGACACGCCUCGGUGUCCCACACAUCGCACAGGCUGAAAUGUCCGAAACGCAGGACUGCAGCAGGAAAAGGAACAAAAAGCGCUAUGUGGGCUUUAAGAGCAAGAGGCAGAAGGGCCCCCGCGAGCUGGAGGUGGGAAUGCAGGGCGUCCUCAUCACCUGCAACAUGAACCAGCGCAAGUGCACGGCGGAGGCCUUCAGCCUGCUCAGCGAGUACGCGGACCAGCUGUACGGACCCGAGAAACUGGCCGAUUCCGAGGAGAGCGAGGGCGAUGCGGGCGACGCGGACGACGCGGAGGCUGCGCUCAAGAAGGAGGUCAGACAGAUGCGCUCGUCUGCGCAGAGGAGCGAGAGGCGCUUCCAGGCCCUGGACAGCGGGGCCAACAACGUGGUCUUCAUUCGGACGCAGAAUUUAGACCCAAACAUGUUGGUGCACCAUAUUUUACAAGAUUUGCACAAGACGAAGAAGAUGAAGUCUCGAGUCAUCCUGCGGAUGUUGCCAGUGAGCGGGACCUGUAGAGCAUUCAUCGAAGACAUGGAGAGAUAUUUGAGCAGGUUCCUGGAACCAUGGUUCAGGACCCCCAAUCAAGGAACUUUUCAGAUCGUCUUCAAAGCUCGCAACAAUAGUCACACGAAGAGGGAGGAAGUCAUUAAGGUGCUGGCAGGAUUAGUUGGGAAAAUGAAUCGGAAAAACAAAGUGGACCUCACCAACCCCCAGUAUACCAUUAUAAUUGAGGUGAUUAAAACUGUGUGCUGUGUGAGUGUGGUGCAGGACUACAUGCUGUUCCGAAAGUUCAAUUUACAGGAAGUAGUGAAGUUGGAUAAAGCUGAGGAGACUCUGCGGACAACUUUGGGAUCACAGCAGAACCCAGCUGAAGAGGAAGCAAAGGAGCUGAAGCAAGAAGUGGCAGAAGAUGGUGAAAAAGGAUCUGAGCAGGAAGAGAAAAAAGAGGAGGUGGAGGAAACGAUUGCUGUAGCAACAGAGAAGAGGAAGGAGGAUAGGGAGGAUCCUCUGAACCAGCAGUAGUGAAGGACCUUGUAUAAUGAACUUGAGGUAUAGAUGUCCUCAGUAUUGUUUUAUGGUGAACAUAGUUUGUGGGAAUUGAUUGUUUCUGAUUUUAAGUGUCUUUAUAAUCUGAUUUGAUUUGAAUACUGCAAUACAGGCAGUUCCCAAGUUACGAACGUCCGACUUGCGUACAACCCGUACUUAUGAACCACCCCCUUAUUGACCAGAAG